CUUUAAGAAUUUUAGCAAUAUGCCUCAUAGCCACUGCCAUUCACUCAGGAGCUUCCACAAUGCUCCACCACUCUCUGCCAUCAUACAUGGUGCUAAUCCUGUAAGUUUUGAAGAUGGAUUUUGUUUGCCCAGCAGCUUCCAUAGCAGAACCUGGCUCCUGAACAACUUUCAAGAAACCUGCAAUGAAACCACCAGCUGCCAAAUGACUAACUGUGAACAGGACUUGCUCACAGAAGAGAGCUGUGCGCAAAGUACCUGCCUCCCCGGAGUUGUCCAAACAACUUACUCCAAUUCCAAGCCCUGUGAAAGGUCAGCACCCCAAUCAGAAAGUUCUUCAUCAGGAUUGGCUUGUGUUUCUCAGCUCUGCCAAUCAGGAAGCAUUCAGCAGAUGGGAUCUGUAGGCCCGAGUCGCCAGCCUGCAAGCCUCGAGGGAAAGUGUUGCCUACCCAAGACUUCUGAGUCUAAAAGUUGCCAAACUCUGGAAUGUCUAUCUAACCAAUGUCAGCCUCAGAACCCUGAAUCCAGUUCCUGUAGACCUCUGGUCAGUGUUGCACCUGAGCCACAACUCCUGGAAUCUUCUUCCAGCACUUCUGAACCUACUUGCUGUGUUACUGGUGGUUUUCCAUUGCCUAGUAAGUGAAGAUCUGUGGAGGAGGUGCGGUAU